AGUCUCCCAACCACUGAGCUAGCACUGGCAAUGGGUGCGUCAACCUCAUUAUCAAUGUGUACGUCCCUGGAAAGUACACUGCCACAUUGCCCCUUUAAGGAACCGGGCCCAGACCUGCUGAUGCUUCUGCAGAAGCUCCCCUGGGCCGAGAGGCAGGAGGACCGGAGCAGUGAUGUCAUCGGCAGCCUCCCCAGCCACCACGCAGGCUCCUUGAGCCGGAGAGAUGAUGAUGCUGCAGGAGGGACAGCAGCCAGAGCCUGGGCCUAGGAAGCACAGCCUGGGAUAAGGCAAGUCAGUCAAGCAGCUCUUGAGAAGGGAUGCUGCCCCCUUUCAUCACAGGAACAUCCACUGACUUUCCUUUCCUAGGAUGAUCCCUCCUACGACUGGGACCCCUCCUCCAAGUGAGGUUCUCUUCCCUACGUUGACUUCUCAAGAAUUUUGGAGGUCACAGGUCUCUGGUUACACAGGAACUGUGACUCGGCACAUCAGUCAUCGGGCCAACAACUUUAAGAGACACCCUAAGAGGAGGAAGCAUAUCCGGCCCUCUCCACCCCCACCUCCAAACACACCCUGUCCUAUAGACCUGAUUGACUUUGGAGACCUGCACCCUCAGAGGUCCUUCCGGGAGCUGCUGUUCAAUGGCUGCAUCCUCUUUGGAAUUGAGUUCAGCUACGCCAUGGAGACAGCAUAUGUGACCCCUGUACUGCUCCAGAUGGGGCUCCCUGAUGAGCUCUACAGCAUGGUCUGGUUCAUCAGUCCAAUUCUAGGCUUCCUACUGCAGCCUUUGUUGGGUGCUUGGAGCGAUAGGUGCACUUCAAAGUUUGGAAGGAGACGGCCUUUCAUCCUGGUGCUGGCUAUAGGUGCACUCCUGGGACUUUCACUUUUACUGAAUGGGAGAGACAUUGGCCUAGCUCUGGCAGACACUGUCAGUAAUCAUAAAUGGGGCAUCAUUCUCACAGUGUGUGGAGUGGUCCUCAUGGAUUUCAGUGCUGACUCAGCAGACAACCCGAGCCAUGCCUACAUGAUGGACGUAUGCAGUCCUGUGGAUCAGGACAGAGGACUGAACAUCCACGCCCUCUUAGCAGGUCUUGGAGGAGGCUUUGGAUAUGUCGUUGGCGGAAUAAACUGGGACAAGACCAGUUUCGGCAGAGCCCUGGGGGGGCAGCUGCGAGUCAUUUAUGUCUUUACUUCUGUCAUCUUGAGUAUCACCACAGUGCUGACACUCAUCAGUAUUCCAGAGAGGCCCCUGAAGCCCUUUACCAAGAAGAAAACUGUGAUGAAGAGCCCAAGCCUUCCUCUUCCUCCUUCUCCCCCUGUUUUGUUCGAGGAAGGCACCACUGACAAUCUGGGCUCUCAGAAUGCAACUCAUUUAUAUGCCAGUUUUUCCAGCCCUAUUUCUCCUCUCAGCCCUCUCACACCCAAAUAUGGCAGCUUCAUCAGCCGGGACAAUUCUCUGACCGGAAUUAAUGAGUUUGCUUCUUCCUUUGGAACUUCUAAUAUUGACAGCGUACUCAUAGACUGCUUUACUGCGGGGCACGAUAACUACCUGGCCCUACCUGCUAGCUUACCCAGGCAGACCAUCAGUGUCAGCUUUCCAAGGGCCCCUGAUGGCUUCUAUUGUCAAGAAAAUGGAAUUCUGGAAAGAGGGGCAGUCUCAGUAAGUCAUGGGCCAGAAGGAGAUACGUUAAGGGUGGGCUCUUUGGAUGCUCCAAAGCCUCGAUCGUCUGGGAUACUGAAAAGGCCUCAGACAUUAGCCAUCCCAGAUGCUGUAAUAGGAAGUUGUCCAGAAAGUAGCAGGAGAAGGAAUGUGACCUUCAGUCAACAGGUUGCUAAUAUCUUACUCAAUGGUGUUAAAUAUGAGAGUGAGCUGAAUGGCUCUGGGGAGGUCUCGGAGCAGUCGCUUUCCUUGCGGCGUCUCUGUUCUACCAUCUGCCAUAUGCCCAAGGCUCUUAGAAAUCUCUGUAUCAACCAUUUCCUGGGGUGGCUCUCAUUUGAGGGCAUGCUGCUAUUCUACACAGACUUUAUGGGUGAGGUGGUCUUCCAAGGGAACCCCAAAGCCCCUCACAUUUCAGAAGACUAUCAGAAAUAUAAUGCUGGAGUCACCAUGGGAUGCUGGGGGAUGUGCAUCUAUGCAUUCAGCGCAGCAUUCUAUUCAGGUCUUGCCACACUCUCCAGGAAUAUCUAUGUGGUUUUAUCACUAUGCAUAACAUAUGGGAUAUUAUUUUCUACCCUCUGCACCCUCCCCUAUUCUCUGUUGUGUGAUUACUACCAGAGUAAAAAGUUUUCAGGGUCAACUGUGGAUGGGACCAAACGAGGAAUGGGGGUGGACAUCUCCCUCCUGAGCUGUCAGUACUUUUUAGCUCAGAUUCUCGUCUCCAUCAUCAUGGGACCAUUGACCUCAGUGGUGGGCAGUGCCAAUGGGGUAAUGUACUUCUCCAGCCUUGUGUCUUUUGUGGGCUGCUUGUACUCCUCCCUUUUUGUUAUUUAUGAAAUUCCUCCCAGUGAGGAGUUAGAAGAGGAACACCAGCCACUUCUGCUGAACAUCUAGUGCCCCGAGGACCUCUGUUUUGGUACUAACUUGUAACACGGGUAUUUUGAAAAGGGGCUAGUUAAGAGCUGACCAAUGGAAUGACUGGAUUAUCUUGACCAGCCUCCUCAACCGGUGUACAAGUGGAAAGAUUUCCUACUGGAAUGUAAAUAUGUGACAAGACAAUAAAUAAUAGCAAAGAAAAAAAAACCCACCAAAAAACUAAGUCUGCUCUUUGUAAUGGUGAGGGGUCAUCCCAGCGGGGUGAAUAGGGGAACUAAUAAUGCCUCUAUUCAUCCUGAGGUGGAAGAAGCAUCCAUUGCAAGGAAGAAUGCUGACUGUGUGUUUCUCCUGUGACAGAAGAGAAGUCAUGGAUCCCAGCAUUCACCAUUCAAUAUAAAGCUAAUUCCUGCAAGAUAUUCUGGGAGGCAUGGGGCCUGCUUUCAUUUUAGAUAACAAAGGGGAGCUCAGCUAAUUUCCCUUGAGAUAUAUAUUUCCUGGUCAGAAAGCCUUGUUUUAUCCCUAAGAUUCUUACAUAAAUGUACAGUAGUAUAUUUAUCACUUAACUAGAGGAAGUCAGAGAUCACAGAACCCAGUUCCUCCAUUUUAUGAAAGAGGAGACUGAGGGGCAAUGAAAGGGAGGUAACUUGACUGAGGCUAGAGGUACAACCAGACCCUUGAGUCCGGUGUGUUCACUUCAUAAUGUUGCCUUUGCUUUGUAAUGUGUUGUUUUUGUGAAUCACCAAAGGAAUCCACAAUUAGAGGUAAGGAGAGUGAUCAUGUAUUGCAUUUCCUAGUCAAGCAACAUGAUGCAAAUCUCAGAAUCUCCCAAACAGGUAGAGAGGGUCAGAGGAGUCUGGGAAGAGCAGUAGAAGGUCGUUUUGGUGUCGGAGCUGCAUUUUAGCUCAGAGGCAAUGGUUCAGCAAAUCUCGGUAAAGAAAAUCACCCAAUCUUGGAGGUGAGAAUAGGUGUUGGUUUAAUAGGAAAGGGUAUCGUCUCUGAGAUUAUGAUCAAACCAUCCAGAAGAUAUUAUUAAAGUUGGCAUUAAGAGAUAAGGGGUUUCUCCUCGGCAUCCACAUAUUUUUAAAUAUCUUUAAGCUUUUUGGCCAAGUUUGGAAUUUCAUAAUUCUGACAUCCCAACUACAUUGCCAAGGAUAAAUCUAAGCAAAAGCUGAACCACUGUGAUGGUGGUGACAGCAAGGGCUGAAGCAAUAUU